AGCUGUAUAUCUAGACAGCCUAUUUUGGGAAUGCUUCUGCGAGGCUGUCUAGGAAGGCAGCUCACUAUGUUUUGAAACACAACCUGAAUGUGCCUUGGAGCGAGAUGGAGUCCGCUGUCAGUGAUUCAAGGAGGAGCCCACACGCUCCACAUGCUCGGCGAGAUAUGAGCGGCAGUUAGAUGCACUUGGAUUACCGGCUGCUGAACUGAAACAACGUCUCCGCUCAUAAAAAAAUAUGUAAAACAGUGACGUUUUUGAUUACACGUCUUUUUAACGAGUGGAUAUUCUCCCCAGUCGGAGAUAAAACACAAGAUGCAGUAAAAGCAUCACUUAUUACAGUCCCAGACGAUGGAAUUCAGUUUGAGAAGCCCAGUGUGAGAAAGUGAAGUACGCGCAGGAUUUACAUUCUCAUCCACAAAACGAUAAAGUCAGCAUCUGAGAGCAUGGGUUGGCAAGAGACCCUAUGGCUUUUGACAUCAUUUAUCUUGAGUAUAACAAAGGCUGGAACAACAGAGACGAAAGCAGAGCCCACCUCCGACUUAUCCCUUACACCUGUCUUGAUGGCAAUGGAAGGAGAGAGACUAAUCAUGACUCAGUCUCAGUACAAAUGUCUGGAGCUUCUGAGCCGAGAUGGAUCCCAUAAUAAAACAGGUGCAUUCUGCAGCAGAUUCUGGGAUGGCUUACUUUGUUGGGAUGAAACCCCAGCUGGAACCUUUGCUUCACAAAACUGCCCAGACUACCCCAGCUUUGACCCCUUGGAAAAAGUAACCAAAUACUGUGAUGAAUCUGGCAACUGGGUACACAGUUCAUCCAUCAAUAAGACCUGGUCCCACUGUCUCACAUUCUCAAAGGAGAAAAUAAAGACAUUACCAGUUCAUGGCUUUUUAGAGACGGAGACGGAGAUGGAUCCUACAGCUGAGAGUCAGGUCAGCCCCGUAGUGACUCAGAAAGCGGAGGAGAGGAAGAAGAUCAUCGAUGGUCAAUAUAAAUGCUUUGAGAAAAUGAACAGAGACCAGCCAUAUAACAAAUCAGGUCCAUACUGCAACCGCACAUGGGAUGGCUGGCUAUGCUGGGACGACACACCAGCGGGAAUGUACACAUCUCAAAACUGUCCCAAUUACUUCCCUGACUUUGACUCCACUGAAAAGGUCACCAAGUAUUGUGAUGAGACAGGAAAUUGGUUCAGGCACCCUGAGACAAACAGGACAUGGUCCAACUACACCCUCUGCAUUGCUCAUACCAAGGACAAGCUCAAGAUGGCGUUUAUUUUGUAUUACAUGGCGAUUGUGGGUCAUGCGCUUUCAAUAGUGUCCCUUCUCAUCUCGCUGGCCAUUUUCUUUUAUUUCAGGAGUCUGAGCUGUCAGAGAAUCACUCUACACAAGAACCUAUUCUGCUCGUAUGUGCUCAACUCAGCCUUCACCAUCGUCAACCUCAUAACUGUGGUCAACAACCCCAAAGUGGUGCAGAGGAAUCCGAUUGGCUGCAAGGUGCUUCAUUUCUUCCACAUGUACAUGCUGGGCUGUAACUAUUUCUGGAUGCUCUGUGAGGGGAUUUACCUGCACACUCUGAUUGUGGUGGCCGUAUUUGCCGAGGAGCAGCAUCUGCACUGGUAUUAUCUUCUGGGCUGGGGAUUCCCCUUGGUGCCUGCAUCCAUCCAUGCUGUGGCGAGGAAGAAAUACUUCGAUGACAACUGCUGGAUGAGUGUGGAGACGCAUCUGCUCUAUGUGGUUCACGGCCCCAUCAUGGCAGCUUUAUUAGUCAAUUUAUUCUUUCUGCUAAACAUAGUACGGGUCUUGGUGACCAAACUGAGAGAUACGCAUCGAGCUGAGUCUAACAUGUAUAUGAAGGCGGUGAGGGCCACGCUCAUUCUGGUGCCCUUAUUGGGCAUUCAGUUCGUCAUCAUCCCUUGGAGACCAGAGAACCGCUUGGCAGGAGAGAUAUACGAUUACAUCAUGCAUAUAUUAAUGCAUUACCAGGGAUUGCUGGUGGCAACCAUAUUCUGCUUUUUCAAUGGAGAGGUCCAGGGAGCUCUGAAGAGACAGUGGAUGCAAUACAAAGCCCAAUGGGGUCAGCGACGACGUGAGCACUGCUCCAUGAGAUCCACCUCCUACACCGCCACCUCCAUAACUGAGGUGCCUGCUUUCAUGUACCAUCAUGACUGCAACAGCGAACACUUGAAUGGCAAACAAACAGAAGACUCUGAGCUAGUGGCUCUCAAGACGGGCGAGACAUACGCAUAAACAUUUGGAGAGAAAGACAGUACUGGGAAAGAAGAGAUUCAGUCAAACUGGAGACUGGAGCAACGUUGAGUGAGCGUUCGCAAACUCCCCCAUCUCAGCACUUAAGAGUUGACACCAGAACAUUCAAAGCCUGCGUGCUGGCAAAGCCGAUUCUGUUGAAAUAUUACCCAAGGCUUUGUUUAUAUUCUCUACAGCUCUGCUUCUGCGAGUUGAAACGCAAAGGAAACGAAAAAAUUCAGACAUGGGAUACGUUUUUUAAAAUGUCAUACUAAAGCUGCUCGUGUCAGGCUCCUCUCACAUCCUUUUCGGGCUCGUGGCCACAAGUAAAAAAAAAAGUUACUUUGCAAAAAACCAAAGGAUGUGUUGAUUUGUGGGAUGCUGAGUGUUUCUCUAAAGCCACUGGGAAAUGAUUCUCCAGAGGACAGGCUACACUCAUCGGUCUCUGAACAAUGGAAAGUUUUUCUGUGCCUGAAUCUUGUUCCUGAUGGUGGUGGUGAAAUGUCAAAGGAGGUUACAAAGAUCUGUCUGACGGUCAUUUUGCAUUUGAAAAUAGCUUUUUAUCUGUCUUGCGAGACUCCUGACUGCUUUAUUGUUUUUGCAGCUGUACUUUUCUGCCUCGUCUUCGUUUUGCGAAAGGGGGUGUGGAGGAAAAAGAUGAACAACAUGGACAAUUUUAGGACUGCUUAAAAGCUAAUUCAUAAACCUGUGCAUAGAUAUGCACAAAAAUGUAUUCUGUAAACAAAAACAAAACAACAGAAAUAUAUAUUUAACAAGCUCCCGCGUUUUAGAGUGCAGAUUGUAUUUAUCAAGUCUGAUUUCGAAGCAUCUUUUCAGUGUUCUGGAGCGCUACUUUGCCAGUAAGUGCAUUUCCUCUUGGCAACCAAAAUCCACCACUCAUGAAUGCACCAAAUUUACUUCACGUUUUCAACUGGUGAUCAAUAAUUCACUUUUCUUCACUUGCCUUUAUCCAACCACAAAUUACUUCUGGGACAGGCUGACUUAGGCUGGAAAUAAGAAACGGCAAAUUAAGGAACUUUAGAUUUUGGAACUUUAGAUCAAAAUAAAUUGUGCUAUAUAUAUAUAUUUCCCAUUUGAUCCAAAAUACAGCAAAAGCAGUAAUAUUGUGAAAUAUUUUACUAUUUAAAAUAACUGCUUUCUAUUUGAAUACAUUUUAAAAGGUAAUUUAAAUUUUCAGCAUCAUUACUGCAGUCUUCAGUGUCACAUGAUUCUUCAGAAAUCAUUCUAAUAUGCUGAUUUGCUAUUUUUUUUUCUAAUAUGCUGAUUUGCUAUUAGUUUUUAUUAUUAUCAUCAGGAUUCUUUGAUGAAUAGAAAGAUCCAAACAUCACCAUUUAUCUAAAAUAAAAAGCUUUUGUAACAUUAUAUACUAUACCAUUCAAAAGCUUGGAGUCAGUAUAUUUUUUUAUUUUUCUGUAAAAGAAAUAGUAGAAAUUCAUACUUGUAUAUAGCAUGGAUGCUUUAAAUUGAUCAAAAGUGAUGAUAAACAUUUAUAAUGUUACAAAAGUUUUCUAUUUCAGAUAAAUGCUGUUCUUCUGAAUUUUCUAUUCAUCAGAUAAACCUGAAAAAAAUCUACUCAGCUGUUUUCAACAUAAUAAUAAUAAUAAUAAUAAUACAUGUUUUUGAGCAGCAAAUCAGAAUAUUAGAAUGAUUUCUUAAGGACCAUUUGACUGGAGUAAUGAAAAAAAUCAGCUUUGAAAUCACAGGAAUAAGUUUUCUUUUAAAAUAUAUUCAAAUAGAAAACAGUUAUUUCAAAUAGUAAAUAUAAUGUUAAAAAUUAUUGUUUUUGUUGUACUUGGUGAGCAGAAAAGACUUCUUUAAAACAUUAAAAAUCUUAAGAUUUACAUUUUUUUUAAAUACAUUUUUAUUCCACAUAUACAGUAUGCAUUUGAAGAUUGAAAGGUGACGUUGUUACAAAAAAAUUAUUUCAAAUAAAUUCUGUUCUUUUCUAAACUUACUUAUUUUUAAAGAUUCAAGAAAAAUAUGAAACAUGAAUAUGAAACGUCUAACUGAAGACUGGAGUAAUGCCUGCAAAAAGAUCAGCUUCACCAUCACAGGACAAAAAUUACAUUUUAAAAUAUAAUUAAUUAGAAUUAUUUCAAAUUGUAAUAAGAUUUACCAAUAUUAAAAACUGUACUGUAUUUUUGAUCAAAUAAAUGCAGACUUAGUCAGCUUAAGUGACUUCUUUCAAAAAUAUAUAAAAAAAAAAAAACUAUUAAGUUUAUACAGUUCAAACUAUUGGCUACAAUAGUUUGAACUGCAAGUGAUACAUAAAUACAAACAAACAUAAACAUACACUGUAGGUCUGAAAACGUUUAAAAUCAACGCAACCCAUCUUGCUACGCCUAAGGAAAUAAUGUCUUCAAAAAUACUUUGGUGUUUUCUAAAACUAAAUGUAGAACAACACGCCCACAUACAGUAUUUUUAAGAGUGUGUAGACUGGACAACUGUGAGGAUAACAAGACCCUCUUGGCUCAUAUCAGACGCGUCUGGGGUGCAUGUGAUGACAGGCAGCUGUCACAGAGUUUGGAUUGCCUGUCACAAGAAUGCAGUGACAACUUACACAGAUAUCAAACGCACACGUGCAACUACAAAUAAACAUGUUCUUUACAAAUGCAUCAGUUUCUGCUAAACGAGAAUCAAAAACCUUAUUGUUUAAAGAUCACAUUCAAAAAUCACUUAAAGGAUUUACAGUAUGCUCACAUUUCCUAACAAUGUGAAUUUUAUAUAAACAAUGCAACAACACUCUGGACACAAGCUUGUCUUUUUUUCUGUAUUUUUUUUGUUACUUUGGACUACAACACUGUACUUUUAUUUAAAAGAGAUGUUUAGCUGUACAUAGUGUGUUGUGUUUCAACGGGUUUGAGGUGAAAUUGUGACAGUUGGGUCAUUCAUUGUGAGUUGUGUCUGUAACUUGGACUUGGUAUUUGCCAUGUAACUGUUUUAGUCUAACGUGAAAUUGAUUUAUCAUGGUGUAAAUACAGCCAGUCAUUAAGCUUGUUUGAGCUACAGUUAUAAGUUUCAAGUCAAAAAGCUACAUUUCCUGCUCCUGUUGUCACCGAAAAACUACCAUGCUUUCAGAAAGAAAAAUAUAUAUAUAUAUAUAUAUGAAUAUUUUUAUUUUGGCAGUCUUUCACCUCUUUGUAAUUGUGUCCAUGUACAAAACUCCACAUGCCUCUACACUGUACAUAAAAAAGAUGGCUUAUAGAUAAUAGUUUUUUAUGUGACCCUGUUUGCGUAUAUUUUUACAUACAAAUAUAUAUCUCAAGCACACAUCCCAAAUAUUCUUUGCUAUUUAAAGCAUAACUUUCAUGAUACCACUCUUACUCAUAUCACAGAAUCAAAGGCAUUUUUCUGAUUCCCAGGCAUCUUCAUUUGGCAUUUCAGGUUUAAAGGUUUAACUUCAUGGCUAAUCACAUUCAGUGUAAUUGACUUUUGUGACUAAGAUGUGGUUUGAUCUGGCCUGAGGGUGUGGAAGCUCAGACAGCAGUUGAGGAUAUUUCUGGCAUAGCCGGUGUCACAUCCACUAAACGUCAGCCUCUACAGGUGCAGGACUGACAAAUGUCCUUUGUUUGCUCUCCUCCCUCUGUCCAUUCAGAUACAGCCAUCAAAACACCUCUAACAUUAAACUGAUUUGGAUAAACAUACUUGGUUUUUAUGUCCCGUCGUUAAAAUAUUUAGGACGCUCAGAAAUCUUCCUAAUGAGAGUUAAAAUAACUGGACAUAAGGUAAACUGACAAGUAGUAGGACAUUCAACAAAACAUACAGCAUGUAUUCUUAAUAUGAUUCUUAAAGUGAUAGUUCACCCAAAAAUUAAAAUUACCCCAUAAUUUAUUCACCCUCAAGCCAUCCUACUAUAGGUGUAUAUGAUUUUCUUCUUUCAGAUGAAUACAGCCGGAGUUAUAUAAAAAAUGUUCCAAGCUUUAUAAUGGCAGUGAAUGGCUGUUGAGAUUUUGAAGUCCAAUAAAGUGCACACGUUCAUCAUAAAAAGUGCUCUGCACAACUCUGGAGGGGGUUAAUAAAGGCCAUCUGAAACAAAUAUUUGCGUCCAGUGGAUGACGUUGGAUGUGGGCGAAUGUGGAAGCAUAGAGGAGAGAGCGAAACAAAAUACCAGUCACGAAUUAGAAGUACAAAACAAGGAUUUGUGAAGAAAAAUAUUGGAGGAUUUUGAUAAGCCAAGAGGAGUUUUCUUUUGAUGUAAACAAAACUUGGUUCUCACGCAACUAACAUAUUGUCAUCAGAGCUUAUGCUACGCCUAACACUGCAGGAACACCACUCUCUCAUAAAUGUGCACAAAGCAGUUAGCGGAAGCUACAGAUUACAGUUUAUAAAGUUUUAAAUAUGGAUAUUUUUCUUACACAAACACAUCGGUUCACUUCAGAAGGCCUUUAUUAACCCCCCGGAGCCGUAUGGCGUACUUUUUAUGAUGGACGGAUGCACUUUAUUGGACUUUAAAAUCUCAGCAGCCAUUCACUGCCAUUAUAAAUCUUGGAUAAGCCAGGACAUUUUUUUUAAUAUAACACUGAUUAUAUUUGUCUGAAAGAAGAAAGUCAUAUACACUUAGGAUGGUUUGAGGAUGAGUAAAUCAUGGGGUAAUUUUUAAUUUAAAUUUCAUUUUUGAGUGAACUGUCCCUUUAAGUCAUGUUAACCCAUUCACUUUAAAAAUAAAUAAAUAAAUAAAUAAAAUAUUUGUGGGUUUUGUAUGCAGAACUGGCCAUAGAUAUGACAUAAAUAUCAAAUAUUCAGCCUUUCUGUAGUCAGCAGCAUAAUUUAUGGGAAAUUCGAUGUAUAUGUUCGAAUUUAACCCAUACAAGACGUCUUAAAAUAUUAUAUUAAUCUGUGGGGGUUUCAAAUUGUUACAUUAAUCUCCUAAACAAAAAUUCAUCUGAUACAUUAUUUAUUAUGUGAAUGAUAAUUAGGUGCAAAGAAACUAUGAAUACUUGAUAUUCUAAUAGCAUUUUUGAAAACAUGAAAUUAGUUCAUUUGUUUUAGAUAUAAAGAGUUUGUACUGGAUCGAUUAUGUUGUCCAUAAACAUGCACUGUGAAUAUAUCUCACAUUUCAUUCUGUAAUCACUUUCCUUUGUAAUCAUUUCAGAGUUUUGUUUGCUAUUGAUGCAGAAAUGACAGUCUACUGAUGUUGUUUUGUUCAGCAAUUUCAAUCAGACAUAUAUUUAUGAAAAUG